UAGAAGCGACGCCAUUUUUCUCCCAAAGCACAGGCGUUAUCCGGUUUGGUUUCAUCGGCGGCGGCUAAUCUUCGUUUCGAAAGAGUCUCCGUGUCUCCUCUCUGAAACGAGUGACCUGUCUGUGGCCUUGGCAGAGUCGGUGUGGUGCUGCUAGUUGUUAGCUCUUGGCUGUCUUAUUUACUAUAACUAGUUUUCUGUCUGAUUUGUGGGCUGUUGACGCCGCCGUCGUUGCAGCGGAGCUGAGCCACCAUGCUGAAAUGCUGGACUAAGUGUGAAAAACUUGCACCUCUUCUUCGAGCCUCAUCAACACUGUGCCGGCAGAAUGCGAUAAGAACAGGGUUGAACAAUGUCCGAACGCCAACACGUGUCCCCAUGUUUCACAUGUCCUCCGGCCCGUGGGGGAGUGGUGGAGAAAACCUGAAGUAUGCCGUCUUAAUGGGAGCAGCCUUCGUUGGUACUCUGACACUCCUGUUUCCGAGCCGAAGCCUGAAGCUGCACCUUCACCAGAGAAGCCGAGCCCCCCGCCUGAGGCAGCAGCACCUGAGGUUGAAGCAUCAGCUGCAGCCCCCAGUGAAACCAGUGAGCCACCUACAGCAGACGUCACACCUCCCUCCCACAAGCUGCCCUCACACACCCCCUACCUCCUUAUUGGUGGAGGCACCGCCUCUUUCGCCGCUGCGAGAUCUAUUCGAGCCAGAGACCCCGGCGCCAAGGUACUGAUUGUGACUGACGAGCCGGACUUUCCGUACAUGAGACCACCUCUUUCUAAAGAGCUGUGGUUUUCUGAUGACCCCAGUGUGACAGAGACGCUGCGUUUCAAACAGUGGAACGGAAAAGAAAGGAGUAUUUACUUCCAGCCGCCAUCGUUUUACAUUAAUCCCGAGGAUUUGGACAGUGCAGAGAACGGAGGCGUGGCUGUUCUGACCAACAAAAAGGUGGUUCACAUGGACGUGAGAGGAAACAAAGUAAAACUGGACGAUAACACAGAGAUUUCAUACGACAAGUGUUUGAUUGCUACAGGUGGCAUUCCAAGAAACCUGCAGGUAUUAGAAAGAGCAGGAGARGAGGUGAUGAAGAGGACGACUUUGUUCCGCAAGAUUGAAGACUUCAAAUCGCUCGACAAGGUUUCAAGAAGCGUGAAGUCCAUCACAAUAAUUGGAGGAGGUUUCCUGGGCAGCGAGCUGGCCUGCGCUCUGGGCAGGAAAUCUGCAGAAUCGGGACUGGAGGUCGUACAGAUGUUCCCUGAGAAGGGCAACAUGGGGAAGGUGCUGCCGGAGUAUCUGAGCAACUGGACCACAGAAAAAGUCAAGAAAGAGGGYGUGAAAAUCAUCUCUGAAGCACUGGUGAAAUCUGUGGCAUGUAAAGGAGACAAACUGGAAAUCCAGCUGAAAGAUGGUCGAUUGGUGACGACUGAUCACAUUGUUGCAGCUGUUGGCCUGGAGCCAAAUGUUGAUCUCGCCAAGUCGGGUGGUCUGGAGGUGGACUCUGAUUUUGGUGGAUAUCGAGUUAAUGCAGAGCUGCAAGCUAGGUCUAAUAUCUGGGUGGCUGGAGACGCCGCGUGUUUCUACGACAUCAGGUUGGGCCGCAGAAGAGUGGAGCAUCACGAUCACGCUGUUGUCAGUGGGAGACUGGCAGGAGAAAACAUGACGGGAGCCAGCAAACCUUACUGGCAUCAGUCUAUGUUCUGGAGUGAUUUGGGCCCUGAUGUUGGUUACGAGGCGAUUGGGAUUGUUGACAGCAGUCUUCCAACAGUGGGAGUGUUUGCCAAAGCCACAGCCAAGGAUACCCCAAARGCUGCUACUGAGAAGUCAGGGACCGGGAUCCGCUCAGAGAGUGAAACCGAGGACACGGCCACCAGCCCAGUGGCCUCCUCAGCACCCGCUCCAGCCGUGGAUCACAAAGACGAAUACGGAAAAGGAGUCAUCUUCUACCUGAGGGACAAAGUGGUGGUGGGCAUCAUCCUGUGGAACGUCUUCAACCGGAUGCCCAUCGCAAGGAAGAUUAUUAAGGACGGAGAGGAGCAUGCAGAUCUGAAUGAAGUGGCCAAGCUGUUCAACAUCCAUGAGGAUUAAAGAGUUUCACCUCAUCCAGAACUGGACUCUGGCAGUGAACACCUCAAAGACUCACACACACCUACACACAAGGAUCAAUGUAAAUUAAUUUAUGUUGAUAUUUUCAUAUUUGGAAUUUAUCUACGUCGCUUGUCUGGAUUGUUUUUUUGGUUGUUUAAAUCUUUAUGGGAUGUCUUAUUUUCCUUUUAUCAACAGUAUGAUUGUCUCCUAUCCAAGCCUGAAUUGUUCCCCUCUGUGUGAUCAAAGCAAAAACAAACAAAAAAAGAAGAAAAGCUGCAAUAAAAACUAUUUUUAAAUCAGACCAAACCCGUUAUAUUCAGCUUUGCUCCUAGAUAAUGAGUGCCAAGCAGAMGUGCUGACCUCUGUUCAGCACUGUGAUUGGUUGGAUGGUUGUUACAGUCUGUGUGGUUGUGCUCAUCUGUCCCGAGGAACUCGAAUUAGUCUCUUGGCCGACUGGUUGCAGCUCAAACCCACCCUAAAUGGGAGAACGCGACCCUUUAACGUCAUCUGGAAACGUUCAAUAAACGGUCUGAAUGAGAA